AUGGCAUCUCUCCUGGACCAGGCUAGCCUGAUAAAGACAGCUGCUAUAGAGAAGGUGGUGGCCCCCAUCGCAGUACACCUGGUCCACCUGGUUCUGCUGUGUGAGAGGGCAGAGGGACCAGAGCAGUUCACCCAGCUAGAGGGAGAAGCACAGGCUGUGGCCAGAGCCACCAUGAACAUGGCCGCCGUUGCCUACAGGUGGUGGGACCCUGCAUUCCAAUUCACUCUAUCCUUUCUCUUAAAACGUUCAGAAGCCACAGAUGAUGAGGUAAUGAGAACAGAGAUGUCAUCCCUAGUGGAGCCGAUGACUGUGUCUGGACAGCAUGUCCUCCUGGCAGCCCAGAAACUCAAUAUCCAGCCUGGCCUAGCCGAGCACAGAGAGGAGCUCAUCACUGCAACACAGAAUGUUCUGCUAGGAGUGGUCAAAAUACUUUCAGUGGAAGAUGAUGCAACAGUGAGAAAGACCGUAGCGGCUACAGACUGGGUGUUGGACUGCCUAUCCUCUCUAGCUUCCUCCCUGGACAUCCUGUCUCUACUGAAGGCCUUCCAUCCGUUCACUGAGGCCCUGGUUCUCCUGAACAACCUGGUAGUGAAGCGGGCUGAAGCCCUGCAGGAUCCUAGGCAGACGGAGCACUUGCACAACUCUUUGGACUCCUUGAGGAAAUGCAUCUCUAUGCUUCACACGGCUAUGGUCACCACUAUCAAACACCCAACCAGUGAGCAGGCCCAAGCCUCCAAAACGUACAUUCUGGACAAGGCUGAUAGGAUGAUACAGGUUGCAAGUUUCAUCUCGGCUUUCGCCACGGAUUCUAAGAGUCUAGAAAAUGUGGAGAACUCAAGGGCAUGCCUCACGUGUCUGAAGGCUGAGAUCAAACCUCUCGCACUGGAGUUGGAUAAAGACGGUUCAGACUUAGAGAACUGCUUUGAGGCCGUGCAGAAACUCCACGAUCAGUGUGAGAGAUGGGAAGAGGAGACCGGUCAGCUGCAGGAUGCUCUUUGUGACAUCAUCGAUGUUAGAGAAUUCACUAGCUUGGCAGUUCACGAGAUGGCUAACGACCAGUGUGGAUGCGACGCGGCGUAUAAAGCCCAGAACCACAAACUGUUCAGAAAGCAUGCUGAUGACCUUAUCUCCCACACAAAACAGGUGGUUCACUCUGUUAGAAGACACGUAGACAAGAGUGACAAUCCCAUCUACCGCAAUGGACUCCUAGUUCUGUUGAAACAGGUUGAAGCGUCACAGGCCAAAGUGGUCGGAUCUGUCAGAGACAUGUGCUCUGGUUCCAGUCUUGAUGUGAAUGUAUACUCUGUCUUUUCAGAUCACGCAUUUGUGGUGAUUCAGCACUUUAGAGUGUUAAGAGAAGGGCUGGAUGGACAGCAACAUCCACACCUCCUCAGUCCACUGCGAGAGGAUGCACGCCAGAGCAUAGUCUCAUCCUCAGUCCAAGCAACCAAUCAGGUUCAAGGAUCAGCUAUGGAUCAGGAAAUAAGAGACCUUGGCCUUCAGUUUCCUGUUCUAGAUGUUUCAGAAAGGGAUUCACCAGUUGAAUGUAAAGUUGAGUUCUUAGAAAAAGAAAUUAGAGAGCCUAUGAUGGCAGACAAAGACUUCAAUGAUGAUUUAAAGGGGCCAGCUGUUUCAGGUGAAGCGAAUCCAAUCCCAAAGCCUCUUGAUUUCGACCUUUUGCCCCUCUUGUAUAAGGUUGUGACUGUGACUAAAGAAAAAGAUGUAACAGUCCUCAGCAAAGCCUGUACAGGAGUUCUCAAGCUUUCAAAUUGUUACGCUCAGGCUGCGAAAGAAGCUUCAACUAUUGUUGACGCUGUCGAUAGUCAGACAUUGGAUAUCUUCAGAUCAGAGUUAGUGGCCCUGACGCCUCAGUUAGUCCAGACAGCUCAGGAGACUGCAAUGAGCUUAGCUAUGAACACGGACAGUCUCUACAAACACAGUACACUGUUCUCUGACCUGAUCAACAACAUCAGGAAAGUCCUCUUACCAGCUGCUGGAACCUGGUACCACGCCGUUUAUUCAAUGUUUCAAGGUCGUCCACGAAACAUGUCAGCCACUGCCAUUUCUCAGGAACUCAGCAAAGUCAUGAGUUGGUGUGCCGAUGUGGUGCAGCUGUUGACGUCGUCUGAUAUAACGCCACCAAGUGACUGUCAGGAGAGCUUUACAGUUUUGUACAGCAAGCUGAACAAAGCCCAUAACAACACAAGAGAGCUGACAGAACUUGCUAGCUCAUCAACAUCAGGUCAGGCAGAUGAACUUGAGGGGCCUUGUAUUCUGUGGGCACUGUCAGUCCAAGUUUUACUGAAUUCUUUGGAUAAGAUUUUAGGAACAAGGGAAAUGUUGAUGAGACAGUUGACCCCUCAGAAAAGGUUGGCGGCCAUGUCCGAGAACUCACUGCGAAUCCAAGAGGCAGCGAGACUGACUAGCGUGAAUUGUAAAAGCGCCUACAAAGUGAAAACGUUGACACAACUUCAGGAGGAAUUAAAGACUCUCACUGAGGCAUACUUACAGGUAGCUGAGGACCUCUGCAUUGUAUCUCUCUCAGGUGUCCUCCAGUUUGCCAGGUCAGAAGUUCUACAAAGACAGCUUCUGAUUAAAAUGAGGGUGCUAUCCGGCCACUUGAACAAAGCAAAUAAGGACUAUGUCACCGCAAUUCAAAACAUCGUAAACAUUGCUUAUAAGGCUUCCAAGCACCACAAAGAUAACAAGACAUCCAAGGAGGCCCAAGAAACAUUUGAGACUGCUGCAGAGUUGCUUUUCGAGAACGCCAAAGCUGCUACCAAGAGCGUUGAAGACUGUUUCAACUACAUUCGCAACCCUCGUGCUCGGAUUAACCUGAGGUCCAUCAACGAUCAUCUGUCCUUCCAGAUCUCUGAUAUAGUGAGCCGAGCCAGGCUGGUAGUGGAGACCCACUGUGUCUACGACACUCUCAGUCUGGAGAUCCAGAUACAGUGCUGGUCGGCCAAGGCUCGCUUUUUAGCCGAGGAAAUCUAUAAGGUGGAUGGGCUAAGCCAGGAGGCGAAGGAACACGUCAAGGUUGGUCUGCAGGGUGGAACACCAGGAGAUUCCAAAGAAGGGAUGACUGAGAGCAAUCUUUCUCCUACUCUGAAGAAGCUUGAUUACCAACCAGACAUUGCACCCUGGCAGACAACCAAUCCAGAGAAUUUAAAUACCACAGAACAGAAUUCCAGUAUCUGUGGUGCAACGCCCAAAUAUGAACCUGCGAUGGCAACAAAACAAUAUGAUGCCCCAAGGUCUGCAUUCUUCAGAGACACCCUAUCCCUGACUUACUACACCCCUUCCCUCACCUACACCACAAUCACCCCAUCUCUUACCUACACCGCCUUGUUCCUCAAACAAGAGACAGACAGGUGGGAUGCUCGGGGCAACCGUAUCGUCCAGGUAACCAGGGAGAUUGCAGACCGGAUCUACCACAUGGCCCAGUACCUGAGGAGGAAAGGGCCCAUACUGAGCAAAGAGAUGUUUGUCAGCACAGCAAAAGGCGUGGUCUCGAAUUGCCAAUACAUCACCCACUUUGUGAAGGUCAUAUCAAACCACUGUCUGGACAAACAGUGUACUGCUGAACUGUCUCUCAGAGUGGAACAGAUUCUCACCAUCACCAACCAACUCACUAUCAUCUCCAGUGUUAAUGCAUUGACCCCAGGAAGCAAGUCUUCAGAUGAGAUCCUUGUGAAGAAUGCCCAGAACCUGCUUCAGAUAGUUCUGCAUGGGGUCAGAGCAGCAGAGACAGCCUGCAUCAAGGGUUUGAGACAGCCGGAGCCCAACUCAGAUGGGGUGGAGGCAGCAGCGCUCUGUUUCCAGUGGAAGAGGAACCUACAAAUGCACCGAGCCCAGCAGAACUGUAACUCAGACACGGAUGAUCUUGGCCUGAGGAGAACCUCCCAGCACAGAGAAUCCCCCAGCCUGGCCCCUCCUAUGCACAUACAGAAGCAGGGAUUCAAGUGAACGUGUCAAACCCCAUGGACUGGACACCAGGAACUACUUGUUGCUACCAUGUAAACAUAUGGAUCAUGUCCACGGGACACACAACUUUGGGGAAAUGUAAUGAAAUAAGACUUCCAGUGUCCAGCACUUUGUUCCUAUGACAAAGGUUUUGUGACCACAUUUCGUAAAAUACUAGAUAUGUUAGCAAGCACAUGAUGUGCAAUGCAUUACACUUCACAGAAAUGUUUGGCUGUAAAGGCUAUUUUGAAAAUACCAAAAAGCUUAAUAUCAAGGAAUGUGAAUUUGAAAUAUUUUGGACAUCAGAGCAAUCUUGAGGGAAUCCUAUUUGUGUCAGAAAAGGAUGUUCAUAUGAUAGGUAAGAUAUACAAAACCUGCAGAGAGCCUAUCCGACUGACAAUCUCGGACAAAAAAAAUAUAAUCUAUUGUAACCAAGACUAAAAAAUAACUGAUAUUGGUACAAGAUUGAGGGAAUUUUGGAACAUAACUAACGAAAUUACAGUUAACAAAAAUGUACGCUUAAUCCAGUAUAAACUAAUGUUUUAAAUUUAUUACACGAGACAAAAUUCACAAAUUCUACAGCACAAUGGCAGAGUCAUGUCUUAAGUGUAAAACGAACAAUGACUCAAUAAUUCAUGCCUUCUGGGAAUGCUAUAAAGUCCCAAAGUUAUUGGCAGAGUUAGAAAGUUGUCUGUCAGAAGUAUUACAAUGUAAAUGUACUUUUAAUCUAUCUGUCUGCAUAUUUCAAGACAUGGCAUAUGAGGGUGCAGUGAGAUACCCGAUGGGUUGGACGAUAUUUUUCUCGUCAAUUAUCUUGAAAAAAACGUAUACUUACAAACUGAAAAUCAACCAAUCCUCCAUCGUUAACACAAUGGAAAAGUAAAAUCCUUUAUUAUCUAAAUGUUGAAAGUGGUGGGUGAAGGAGAAACAAAAUGAUGCAGUUUGAGGCCAUGUGGUCUGGCGGAGAGUGUUGCUGGAGAUGGGGGUGUGAGAGGGUGGUUCUAGGCAGGGCUGAUGUUGUGGAUGUUUCUGACUGUAUAUUGUUGUUUGCAUAUGGAUGUUAUGUAUUGGAAAAAAAGAAGGGAAAAAAGAGGAAUAUAAGUAAUGUACAUGUCCUUUGGCUAUACAUAAAUACAUCUCACAACAUAAAGAUGUCAUAUAUGGAUUAUUAUUUUUAAGACACUGCUUAAAAAGGCAUUUCAACAUGAUGAGCAUCUUUGAGUUUGACCGUU